UACAAUCAUUAAACCAAAAAGAAUUUCUUAAAUUCAACUUUUACAAAAAUCUAGACUGGAACGACGACUCAGGAUUCAGAAAACAAAUGAAUCAAUAUAAAAAACUCAAACAAUUGUCAAACUGGCAAUGGGCUCCCAACUUCUUUGGAGGAAACUAUAUGUAUUUAGUAGAAAGAUUACCCAAAAACAUAGCUCAACAAAUUAUAUUAACAAAUCCAGUACCAAACAACGAAGAAGAUUUCUUCAGAAGAGCUGACACUUUAUUCAGAUCAAUAAGAGUAACAAUGGAUAUGGAAAAAUCCAAAAAUGAAAAAACAAACCAUUAUUCCCAAAAAGCAAGAAUAAAUAACGUGCAAACAACGGAACAACCUCAAAAAGGAAAAUGCUACUCAUGUGGACAAAUAGGACACUUUGCAAAAGAAUGUUCAAGACGGAAAGGAAAAGAAGCAUACAAUAGAGUACAAUCAACAUACAAAAAUUAUAAUGGAAAACAAAGAAAAACCUUU